UGAUAUCAGUGUUUGGACUACAUUCAAUUGUUUUACACACAUCUAUUGUUGGACCCUUUUUUUGUUCUAAAACAACAAAAACAAAAUCAGCAUACAAUGCGUUUCCUAACAUCAGUCGGUAUUUUGUUGUUGGCCAUUUGUGGUUUGGCUGCUGCAGGACUUGUGCCUCAUCAGCAUCAUGGACAUCAUGUUAGUAGUUAUACGGUGGUUAGUAAACACGAAGAGCCCACUGUUAAACAUGAAUACUCGCACAAAUCGUGGGAAGAACAUCAAGCAGAUGGAGGUCAUGAAUUGGCACACUUCUCGCAUAAAUUCGAUCACAGCGAUGAUGCUCAUGAAGAUUAUGAUGGUGGUCAUGAUCAUGAUGAAGAUUAUUAUGCUCAUCCCAAAUACCAAUAUGAUUAUGCUGUUAAGGAUGAAAAGACCGGCGACUCGAAAAAACAUUGGGAAACCAGAGAUGGUGAUAAAGUAAAAGGUAGCUACACCAUUAAGGAAGCCGAUGGCACUACCCGUAUUGUAGAGUAUACCGCUGAUCAUAAGAAUGGUUAUAAUGCUGUUGUCAAGAUUAUCGGUCAUCCUCAUCUUGAACAUGAGAGUCAUGAACAUUCUCAUUAUAGUCAUUAAUUUAGGAGAAUUUUCAUUAUUGCAUUUUGUUAAACGAUUAAGGCAAUUUUCUUGUCAAAUUCCAAAGACUUAUUAAAUGUUUUUAACUUCUUUUAUUAAGUUACUCUUACAAUUACUAAUACUAAUUUAGUCUUAAAUGUUUCCUUUAUCUAUUUUUAUAACGUCGUAACUUUAGCUCUUUUAGAAAUUUGUUGCCAAAUACAGUAAUAUAUUCAAAAUAAAGUAUUGGAAAUCAUUUUAUAUAAAAA